GCAUUCAGCCAGCGAGGCCGGACGCGAGCGAACGACCGUGUCGCUAUUUAAAAAAGUUUAAUUUCAAAUUCGGAACUGCCGCUCUUUUGUCUGUCAUUGCAUUUUGUUGGAUUUGAUUGCAAGAUUUAAAUUUUUUCUGUGAUAAUCUGUGUAAUAAAAUAAAAUAAAAUCAAAAUGGAGGGUUGCGGGAUGAAUUGUAUAAAAUAUUUGCUGGUGGUCUUCAAUGGAAUAUUUAUGAUCUUCGGGAUCGUGAUAAUAGCAGCAGCAUGUGUGGACAUGGGCAUGAUCAAGGGGUUCGCUGGCAUGGAACCGACUGGUCACGAAACUGACGCUUUGCUGAUCGCUAUUGGAGUCCUCAUCAUCAUCAUAGCUGCCUUUGGCUGCUUCGGCGCCUGGAAGGAGAGCCCUAAACUGUUAUAUAUCUUCGUCGGCUGCCUGAUCAUCAUCAUCCUCCUGGAGCUAUCCGUUGGCAUCGCUGCUGCUGCAUUGCGUCCUCAGAUUGAGAGCACCCUCAAAUCCCAACUACGAGCUUCCUUCAUCAAGAACAAGUCUACCAAGGAAGAGGAUUCUACCUACAGGGAAUUCUGGGACCGCGUCCAGACUAGCCUGGAAUGCUGUGGCAUCACUGGUCCUGACAACUACGGAGCCUCGGAGCCUCGCAUCAAUCCUUCCUUCAGCUGCUGCCCGAACGAUGGAACUGACCACUCCGCUGAGAUCAAACGCUCCAACUGCCUCUCUGAUGGAAAGUACUACAAGGAGGGAUGUGAAGACAAAGUGCUUGGAACGAUCCAUAGCGCCGGCAUGACCGUCAUCGUUUGUGGAAUCCUCUUCUGCUUUUUGGAGGUUGCAGGCAUCGUACUAGCCCUUUGGUUAGCGCACUCCAUAAAAACGCAGGGGAAGAGCCGGGAGACCGCUUAAUUCUACACCUUAGGCACAUAGUCACAGAGUAUAAUUUCGUAUGCAAUGCACUAUACGUAAGCUAAAUUAAGUUACCUUAUUUAUUUAAGUAUAGAGUUUAUAGAAAUUGACGUCCAUUUCGACGUCACUUCUGACAUAGUGACGUCGGAAAUCUGACGUUGAAAUAAUAACGUAAUGCGUAAAUUGAACUCAUUAAUUUAAGAUGUUCGGGAUGAAUAACUAUAAAGAUUAUGAUUAUGAUAAUUUUAUUGUAACUUUUGUAGAAGCAUUUAGAUUCGAUUUCCAUUCUACAUAAGGUUUUAAUUACACAAAUCAUAUUACAAUCAUACAAAAUUAAUUUAAAAUAAAUGAAGUUUUCAAAAGGAAUUUUUACACCAUAAUAAAUUAUUACCUACCGUUAUUUUAAGUAUUUUGAUACGUUAUUAGUUUUCUAUUGAAUAAACUAGAGAUGGGUUGUAACAGGUUAAACACUAUAUCUGUUAUAACUGUUACUGUUACAUAAAAAUAACAGAUCCAAAUAUCUGUUACUAAAUAACAGCCUGUUAUUAUUGUACGGACGAUAAAACGUCCUCUUUAUCUAGUACUCUUUAAAACCGAAAAUCGUAUAGAAAAUAGAUAUAAAAGAGCAUUUUAAUUAAAAAACAAAAUUUUCAAAUAAAAAAAAUUAAAAUUAUAAAUUGUAAUUAUUUUGAAACAACAAAAUUUUCUCUAUGUCAAUUUUAACUGAAAUUGCCAUAGAGAAAAUAAAAUAAAUUAUACGUAUUUUUUAAAAUGGUCACUGGUCAGGCCUUAUAACACUUGACAGAGAGAGAGAGCAACUAAAUAUAGAAGUCACUUUUUCCUUACUAUUUGUUCUUGCAAGACCACCGACUAUAUUUUAGGACUAAUAAAUACUAGGUGCUUCUCUUUUUAGCGUCGUUUAAUCGCUUUAGUAAGAGUGAGAAGUAAACAUGUUCCGAAAUAAAUAAUAGGUGUGUCUCUUUUCGCAAAGGUCAUUCAUUAAUGAGGAAAAGAGAAGAGAUUGAAUACGCAUGUACAACAAAGGAACAGCCGUACGUAGUAACCUAUGGUAUUGGUAACAACUAACAGUCGGUUUGUGUAAGGACUGUUACAAUGAAUAAUAGUAAUAGCCGUGGUAACAGGAUUUGAGGGUCUGUUAUUAAAUUAACAGAUAAAAUAUGUUGGCAGUAACAGUUGUUGUUACUUAUUUGUAGAUAUCUGUUACUUUUAUCGGUUACGAUAAAUAUGCCUCACUCCUAGAAUAAACCAAAGCUAUAAUACAGUAAUUAUAUAAGAGCAUUAUAUAAGAACAAAGAUGAUAAAUAAAAUUAUUAUAAAAUAAAAAAUAAAAAUAACGAAAGUCAAAAAUAGUCAUGAAUAAAAUAAACUGAAAAGACGACAAAAUAAAAGGUAAAAACCUAUUUCAUAAUUACGGUAUUUUUUAAAUGUAUGUUUGAUAAAAGAAUAAUAAAAAUAAAGAAGUAAGAAAUGGUCCAUUAAUUAAUCUUAUUUAUAAAUAAAAUCUGAAAAACUUAAAGUAAAACUACUUCCAUGAAAUAUAAAAAUAUAUUAUAGGAACUUCGUGAUAACAUUAAAUUAUCGAGAGGUUCCAAUUUUAUGUAUUGAAAGUUUAGAGUCGACUGUAUUUGCGAAAAACUGAAUGUAUUAACUACUAUAAUGUUAUAACUUAGACAUAAUUUAAUUUAUAAGUUUAACCAUCAAUAUGUAAGUAUUGAAUGCUUUACUAGUCAUUAAUUUAUUAACAUUAUGUGUUUAAUGCGCGUUAUCACCAAGUUCUCUUAUUUUUUAAGGAACCCCAAAACCGAAUUAGGUGGCAUUUAAUGUAAUUUUGGUUUUCACCAACCUAUAAGUGACACCUAACAGUACAAGAAAGGGGUUAGUUUAUGUGCUACGUCAUGCUAUUUAACUUUCAGUUAAGUGACAGUUUCAGGGUGCUUUGCCACCAGAGAUGUGUUAUGCUACGUUGCUGUGGAUGCGUUUGGCUUCCACC